GUUUAUUUGUUAAAACCCUGUGAUUCUGCUCUCCUCAGCCUCAAAUUCAAAACCCUCUCACUUUCCUCUGUCUCUCAACUCAGCUGUGCUUGGCCGUUCACCGGUUAGUUACGUUGCCGUCUCCGAUCACCGCUUCUUUGUUAUCCCUUUGUUUGCUCCUUAUCCCAUAAUUCACCUCAGUUGGAUUCUGGGUAUGCUUCUAUGAUCACCACCCAUAUAUGGUUUCUCAGUAAUAUUGAUCACGCGAUUCCUGGCUUUUUCUAAGAUUAAAAUGCCAUUAUUGUAAACUUGAGGAUUCAGAGUUCUAGUCCUGCAGAGUUUUACAAGCCCGUAAUGGAUUUGAAGGUUAAGCAUCUAAACUGGGUGGGGAACAUUUACCAGAAGUUUGAAGCAGUGUGCCAGGAGGUGGAUGAUAUAGUAGGCCAGGAUGCAGUUAAAUAUCUUGAGAAUCAGGUCCAGAAUGUUGGAGACAGUGUGAAAAAGUUCUAUUCUGGAGUCGUGCAUGAGCUACUUCCUUUUCCUACCUCGGUUGAUUCACAAUAUGAAGCUCAUUCAGUAGCUUUAACAAAUAACAUGGGCUCUUCAGUUGGGUCAGUUGUUGAUAAUAAAGAUAAUAAAAAACAGGAUGAGGAAAGUCUGAUCAAUAAUUUUGUUGAGUCAUUGCACGAUUCUAUUGGAACUGAUAUUGAUAAUAAUCAGGAAGCUGGUGCUCCUAUCCAACACAAUCUUGUAAAUCAAGUAUAUGAUGAAACUUGCUCAGAUUCCCUUGAGGUGGAAGAUUCUUACAUAACUCAGGAUGAGGUUGCUGAUGACUCGAGAGAAACUUCUGGGUCUAAGAAAGAAAACUUGCACAAAAGCUUUGAAGAAAUUGCCAUUGAGUCUGUGCCUAAAGAGGACGAAUCCCUUGAAUUCUCAAUACAUAGUGAAUCCUAUUCUGGUUCUUCCCACAGCGGAUGUGGGGUUUUGAUCAGAACAAAGGAUAAUACAGAUGAGAAUGUAGAACAGAACUUGUGUUUGGUUGUUAAAGAAAAUGCUAUGAACUCGUCGCCCUCACAAGUGUUGAAUUCCCCAUCUCUAGAUGAGGAAGAAUCAAUUAAAGUCUUCUUGUUCAAUCAAUCGUCUGAUGUUAUUGAUGAGGAUACACAUGGUAUACUAGCUGAAGUUUCACUUACAGAUUCUGCUGUGUCCUGCGAAUGGCCCAUCACAAAGAUGGAACCUAUAUGCCUCAAAAGUUCUUUAUCUUCUGUCAGUCCAUGUUCAAAAUCACGGGGGAGCUACUCCUUUGAAAUUGAAUCUUGCAAAAUCAAUUCAGGUGAUGCUGCCUGGCGUAUUUCAGAUUGUUCCAUGGUACGAGUAUGUUGUGAAUCAUGUGCCCUUAUAACUGGUCAGAUCAUGGAAUCACGGGAUGGACUUGUUUUCUGUGGCUGCUGUCAAUUGAUGGAAUCCAAUGACGAACCACUAGUCAGUUCUACUGAAUCCAGCUUGGUAGACAUUCAAUUGAAUGAUGAUCCAAAGCUUGAGGAAAGCUGUGUAUUUGUGGAUGAUAGUGAACUCUAUGCAGUCUCAUGCAGAGCUCAAAAGCUUAGAUCAUACAAGAAAAGAAUCCAGGAUGCAUUUACUUCGAAGAAGAGGUUAGCAAAGGAGUAUGAACAGCUAGCGAUAUGGUAUGGAGAUGCCGAUAUUGAUCCUGGUCAAGGUUCUUCACAAAAUCUCUUGCCAUUUUGCUCCAGAACAAAUGCGAACUCUAAGGAUUUGCAAGUGCAGCAUGCUUCUGAAGGUGACUGGGAGCUGCUGUAAAUGUAAUUAGGUUGCACGUCAAUAAUGAUGGACCAAUUACUUUGGCGCUCUUAUUUUGAAAAUGUACAUGUUGAAGGUGGCAGUACUUGCUGAAAAUAACAUUGUUUAGGUUUCCAUGACGAAUAUGCUAAUAAAUAAUAAAUUAUUUGUGG